GUGCCUCGCUGGCUGAAUGGAACCUGCGCGCUGUGCUGUGGACUGACGUCACCCGUCCGCGUUUCCCCUCCAGACCAACUAGUUGGGUGGUAGACAUCUCCAGCUCGGUGGUUGGGUGGUAGACAUCUCCAGCUCGGUGGUUGGGUGGUAGACAUCUCCAGCUCGCGCUGCUGCAGCCAGACAGAAGGCAGGGGAGGGAAAGGAGCGAGCCUCCACGAGCACGAUUUCGUGAUGCGUAAAACCAGACAGAGCCGACCUACACAGGAGCCAAAAUGAUACUUCACGACUGCCUGUUUUACCUCUAAACAAACAUGCAUCCUGAACGACGUGCUUUCCUCUAUUCUUAGGUGAAAUAAUACAUAAGAAAGACUUAGAAGAUGGAGAACAUAUCUAUCUCGAACACCCGAAGUGUAUUUCCGGUGGUGUGUAACGACUCCAUGGACUACUAUUAUCUGAGCGCGACUAACCGGACAGAUCUGAACUGCACGCCCCAGUCCGAAUUCUACUUUUACGCGGACCUCUACGUAGUCCUGCCGGUGAUAUAUUCGGUAAUAUGCGCCGUGGGGUUAACGGGGAACACGGCCGUUAUCUACGUCAUCCUCAAAGCUCCCAAAAUGAAGACGGUGACCAAUAUGUUUAUCCUAAACUUGGCGAUAGCCGACGACCUGUUUACCCUGGUCCUACCCAUCAACAUCGCCGAACACCUGCUCCACUACUGGCCCUUUGGAGAGGUGCUGUGUAAGAUCAUCCUGAGCAUAGAUCACUACAACAUCUUCUCCAGUAUCUAUUUCCUAACGGUCAUGAGUGUGGACCGUUACUUGGUCGUCCUGGCGACGGUGCGUUCCAAGCGUAUGCCCUACCGCACCUACCGCGCGGCCAAGAUAGUCAGCCUGUGCGUCUGGAUCCUCGUGAUUCUCAUCGUGAUGCCGUUCACGGUAUUCGCCGAUGUGUACAUCAGUCCCGAUGACUUGGACCGGAAAAGCUGCGUCCUCAGCUUCCCGAGCCCGGAGAGUUUGUGGUUCAAGGCGAGCCGGAUUUACACCCUGAUCCUCGGCUUCGCCAUCCCGGUGUCCACCAUCUGUAUUCUCUACACCAUGAUGCUGUACAAGCUGCGGAACAUGCGCCUCAACUCCAACGCCAAGGCUCUGGACAAGGCUAAAAAGAAAGUGACUAUUAUGGUGUUUAUAGUCCUAGCGGUGUGUCUGUUCUGUUGGACGGGGUUUCAUCUCAGCACCGUAGUGGCUCUCACCACCGACCUGAGGACCACUCCGCUGCUCAUCGGGUUAUCCUACUUCAUCACCAGCCUCAGCUACGCCAACUCUUGUCUGAACCCUUUUCUUUACGCCUUCCUGGAUGACAGCUUCAGGAAAGCGUUCAAGAAGAUGCUAGAAUGUAGACCGGCGGGAAUGCAGUAGCCUGCAGGAUUAAUGGAUACAUAUGGUGAAUAUGGUAUGUUAAUAUUGAUGCCAAUCAAAACAAACUAUGAUCAUAUGAUUUAUGUUUGCUUGAAUCUUCAUUAUGGGGGCUUAUCAUUGUUACCAUUGUAUGACUUCAAUAUUUUUACAUGGAACAUAUCAUAUGGAAUAUAUCAUAUGGAAUAUAUCAUAUGGAAUCAUAUGGAUUCUGGCAAGAGUUGGAAGGGUGGUAUUUAUUUUCCAUGGGUAUUUUCCUCCUCCUCCUCCUGUCCUGAGAGGGCAGGUAGCCUACUCUGUAGUGAAGCUAUGGGCCUUCAAAAGACAGUGAUGUAACCUAUACACUUUUGCUGUAAAUACAUAGUUGUUCUUCUGGCCUAUGUCAUUGUGAACCAUAGACAAACUGGGUCAACUGGUGUACAGUCCCAAUCUAGCUAACGAUGUGAACUAAUUCUACAUUUCAGUCAGUCUAUCUUAUGGAGAAUAAUAAUAUCAACAUAUCUCCAUGGUCAAGUUCAAGCUGAAGUUCAAGUAAUCAUUUGCGUUGACAUGACACACUUUGAAAAUGACUUUUAGCUUUUCCGAUACCAAGAGAGUCCACAUGUUACGUGUUCACAAGUAGCACUUAUACACUGUAUCGUACGGACAGAAAUACAUUGAUUUUUUUUUUUUAUAUCUGCUGACAAAUAAAA